CACACACGCCCUCAGACAAAGUGGAGAAACCAGCUGAACACAUGUCACCAGAUACCAAAAGACCCACCAGAUAACGUGGCAGCAAGUUUGUUUGGACAGCUGAAGACAAAAAAAGUGAUGGAAAGACAAAAUGGAAGUAUCUUGUCCCAUAAAACAACAGAGAAUGGAAUUAAAGGGAAGCCCCCGUACUCAGUGGAAACUCCUUAUGGCUUUCGACUGGACCUGGACUUCCUAAAAUACGUAGAUGACAUCGAGAAAGGCAACACAAUCAAAAGAGUCCCCAUCCAGCGCCGAAGCAAAGGCCCGAGAGCCAGCACUCUACCCAGGCACCUCAACCCUUCUGGGUGUGCCUACCGCCCGAGUGCCUGGGGAUCUACUGGAGCUCUUGGCCCCAGGUCCCGACUGUCAGACACCCAUCACCAUGGCUACACUUCCUGGGCAAAUGAUAACAGGUCGCAACUUUCUCCCACUGGGCUUAAAUCCCUUGCAGAGAUGGAGGCCAGAAUCAAGGAGUUUGAUGAGCAACCACUUGGCGAGCACAUCAGACCUCAUCUUCUCCGAGCCUCCAGUCUGCCGCUCACAGUUUUACUGAGACAGGGAUCAGAGUCCACAGAUGAACCCGGGAGCCUCCGGAGCUCGAGGGAUCACCUUGGAGGGAGAAAUGCCUCAUGUGAAGACGUCUUUGACUCCUCAGAGAGCCCUAGACCCCAGGACUGCUCAGGGCUGUUGAGGCGCCUGACCGAGGCCCUUGAGCGUGUGGGGGAGCUGGAGAUGGAGGUGAGGGUGAUUCCAGAGCUAAGGGCGCAUAUCUGCAUCCUCCAGGAGGAAAGAGAAAGGCUGCGCCUGGGCCUGAAUCCACAUAUUCCACCCCCAUCUAUGAAUGGAACCACAGACCCUUGCACGUCAUCCCACUACAGCACAGUGGACACUAAAAGGCCACGACAUGAAAGUCAUAUAAUGUUUCCCAGAAAUCACCACGUCAGUCAAGAUGACUCUAAUCCCACACACGAGUGGAGGACUAGUACAGAUCUGGACGAGCUGCUGACGGUGACGUCCCUGCAGGCUAAGGUAGCUGUGCUGGAGCAGAAGCUCCAUGAAACUGGCCUGGAGCUGCAAAGGGCCUUAGGGCUGCUGAGGGAGCAGCAGGAGGAGAGCAGAAGGAAAGAUGAGAAGAUGGAGCACCUUAUUAAGAAUCCUGCUGUGUGGGUCCGUGCAGAGAGAGUGGUGGUAGACCAGGACGGAGAUGACACGGUGGUGAGAUCCAUUGAACCAUAUAAUAAAGUGUCAAGAAGUUCAGUUGCAAGGACUGUCACCAUGAACGGACAAGGAAGUCGACAAGAAGACCGUGUAGAGUCUUUGGAACCUUCAGAUGAAACAGCCGAGGUCGUCCACCACAUACAGAAGAUCAAGAGGCUCCUGGAGGAGCAGUGGGAGUGUUUGUGUGCAGACCAGGAGUCAGGAGAGGAGGGUAAAUCUCUACAGCACCCAGACCCCAAAGUCAACUCCCUGCAGCAGGAGAUGAUGGGACUUGUUGACUUCCUCAGCUCCUACUACACCAAGCAGGGACACAGUGAUGGAGAAAGGAUUCAAUAUGGAGCCUCUAAAUCCAUCACAAGGACAGACGGAUGCACCCGGACGUCAAAAAGCCUACAUUCUGUGGGUGUUAAUGAAGGACACAAAAGUGGAAAUCUGGUUGGGCAGGACCAGAGUGAACAGAAGGAGAGCAGCAUCAGCCCUACGGAGAUGGCUGCUGCCCAGGUGGAUGCAGACCCAAAGACGAGACGGAUGGAGGCAGCGAGGCAAACGAGCCCAGACGGACAGAUGAUAUCAGGAGCAGCAGGAUCAGGGUGGACAGAUGGAGGCGUAGCGUCUGUGGAAGCUGAGAAAACGGCCAAGACGAAACCUCAGCCCCCAGCAGAACAGAUGGAGGGGAGCUCUGGCUCAGAAAGCACCACCGGGGGCAGAGAGACAGUUGGUGCAGAUUUUCUGACUGCUUGUCAGUUCCUCCAAGAUCACAUGGACAACAUGGAAAACCCCAACGAUAACAUGAGGAAGGCCCUGAUCGUGUUGUUUCAGCACUGGUUCACUGCAGCAGCAGAGGAGACUUCAGAGGCCAGCAGGGUGGCUAUGUACCUGAGAGAGGUGAAGAAGACCACGCCCUCACUGCUGGCCUUCUUGAUCAACCUGGCUGAUGAUAAUGGCAACACAGUGUUGCAUUACAGCGUGUCCCACUGCAACUAUGGCAUUGUCAGCCUGUUACUGGACACAGGUGUGAGUGAUGCGAACUUUCAGAACAACGCCGGCUACACAGCCGUGAUGCUGGCCUCACUGACAGCACCUGAUGGUCCAGGUGGCAUGGAGGUGGUCCGCAAGCUAAUGGAGCUGGGCAACAUUAACAUUCGCUCCAGCCAGACGGGCCAAACAGCUCUGCACUUGGCAGUGAGGCACGGGCGAGUUGUGAUGGUUCGUCUGCUGCUGAGCUGUGGCGCCGACACAAACAUCCAGGACAACCAGGGAACCACGGCCCUGAUGUUCGCAUCUGAGAGGGGCCACACACACAUUGCAAGGCUGCUGCUGGAGAGGAGCCAGUGUGACCUCACCCUGACUGAUAAGCGCGGUCAAACUGCUCUCUCUAUCGCCAUGCAAGGUUCCCACACUGAUACAGCCGCCCUCCUGCAGGCUCACGCUAAAGCCCGAGCUUUGUAGUGCUGGAAAACUGGAAAAGAAUCUGCAGACAUAUGAUCCUCUCACAUCUGCUCUUUUCUAUCUGAAGAAAAACCUGACACCAGGUUUAAAGCUAACGCCAUGUGCUUGGGUUGAGCUGUUGCUGCCAUAUUGUUUUAAAAUCCUGUACAUCUGCACGAGCAUUAGCUUGAGUUCUGGAUGGGAUUAGAUUGUUGCAACAAGACUCACUGACGAGUGAGGUAAAGCUUAGAUGUGUUUGUCAUGAUUGCUAGAGCAGUAUACAAUAACUGUCUUUACUGUUGAUGUGAAGACAUCAUGAUAGUUAUGUCUGAUCUUUGCACAUUCAAAUAGAGUGCUCCAGGGAUGACGUUAGCUUAGCAUUGCAUUGGUUCCCUCAUCAAAAAGCCUAUGGGAUUUUUCCAUUGGAUUUUGGAUUGCCAAAAAUAAGAUCUGUGACAAACAAAGGUUUAUAAUUCUUACAAGUUUUGUUCAGCAAGAUAAUUGAACAUCACUUUCAUGAUUAUUGGAGCCUAAAUGCCAGAACUAAAAAGCUAAACAUGAGCAUGUUACAGUCCUGGAGGAUUAUUAAUGUGCACCUCCUCCUGUACUGCUGGUUUGACUAAAAUGAACAAUGACAGCAAUAUAGUCCACGAUGAGCAGCGAUAAAAUCAACCUGCGUAGUUGUCCCUCCAUUGUGACAUUAGAAAGUGUCACAUUUAUCUUGCAAGUGUACUCUUCUUCAACGUCUUGAAGAAGAGUACACUUCUUCAACUUCCUGGACUUUUUCUGCAUGGACCAUUCAAGAGCAGCUUUCUCACACAAGGCAUUUGAUCUGGUCCACUUGUAAAUGCUGCUGUGAGAACACGAACCAACUCUAGACAAUUAUACAACUUUGUAACAUAAUUAGCCUGAUUCAUACCAAAGCAAGACAACUCUAGGUCUGAAAGCACCCUAAGACACAUAGAUGCUUUAGAGUUCAUGAGUUAAGUAUUUACUGAUGUAUUUUAUGUCCUAAAACAAAAUGUGAAAGUCUCUUAACCUUGUGUUAGCCACAGACCUUAUUUUAGGCAUCUAACCAAAAACCCAUUCGAAAAACCUACUGACUCUAAGACGAGGGAACCUGGAGUGCAAAAAUGCUAACUCAUUUCUGGGUUUUAAGACUCAUUGCUGGGGCACUAGAAGCUUAGCUUUGCAAACUAUGCAAUUAAAAUAUUUAUUUUGUUUAUUGCAUUGGUCACAUGAAUAUGUUGACAAUGAUCCAAAGGUGUUGUUUUAUGUUGUUUUGAAAAUGACAGAUUGCUAUUUGAAUUCUUGCAGCACUUUUUAAAUAAAAUGUGUGUAAAAUAUAUAAAGAAAAAAAUACAUGCUGCAUGCCAUGCACAUGAAAUAAAGACAUAUUUUGGUGCCAAUAAACCAACCUGUUGAUUUCACUCACUAAUAAUUGCUACACUGAUGUAUAAAUUGCCUGUUUUUAAUAAAAUGACCGAAAACUG